AUGAUUACAAUAACACGAGAACAAGCUAUCUGCAUGUUUUUUUACGAAGAAUUCAAUGAGGAAAACGUGGCCCGCCUAGUCCCCAAGAUCGACAGCAUGGAGGAUCUGGAGAUUUGCUACCUGAAUGACGAUCCAACCGAGCCCGUCCUGAUGCACAUUCAAACCAUUCACGGAGACCCCUUCAAAUUUCGCUUGUAUCCUGCUCAAUAUGAACCACAAACGUAA